AUGGCGCCACAAUCUCCAACAUGGAGCAGAGUCCAGAGUAAAGUCUUAUCAGUAUUCAACAAACGAAGGUUACAACCCGGUGAACUAUAUGAACUGAACAAGAUGGUCAAAGUUGCAAUCAAAUCAGAAAUCGGGUCAUUCAUAUCAGAAUAUUACAAGAAAAAUCUGUUACAAAGAGGAAUGAAAAGUCUUUAUGACUCGCUUGACAAUGAUGAAGGGCGGGGAUUACUUACCAGUCUCGCUGAGCUUUGGAACUAUUUCUUCACUGAGAUACUCCCAACGCUGAGGGCGAUAUUUUAUCCAGUCCAGACCAAAGGCCUGACGAUGUACCAGUUGUCUUUAUUAGGGUUUCGUGAUCAUGUAGUUCUUCAGCUGCCGUUAGCAAAGGCGCUGUCAUCGUGCAACGAGAGCGAGGUCCCUCCGGAGAUCACCCAAAUGUUGCUGAACCUACACGCGGUCCAUGAUGGUGGGUCCUACGCCACCACGCCAUCCGAAGAGUACGUCCAACUCGAAGUCCUCCUCGCGAAGGUGGUGUGCCCGUUCCUCGGUUCCAAAGGGCUGUACUUACGGAUGGGUGAAGACGAUCCGGCCGUCCCUGCCCGCGACCCCAAUGCCAAAGAUGACAGCCAGAGCACCUCAGGAACCGGAAGUAGCGGCGCCCAAGGACGUAAAUACGACCGGCAACGAUCUCUGCAAAGGCUUAGCCUCCAAAUACAGCCGUCCAGCAUGGAUUACCUCGCAAACACGUCGGGUGGAUCAACGCCGUCCUCGCCGUCGGCCUACGCACGGGAGCAUGGAGCUGUGCGGAAACUACAACUUGGCCACGUCCAGAGGAGAAGCAGCGCCCUCGUGCUGAGCUCGUUGGAGACGCUGGAGGAAGUCGAGCGUUCGGGUUUUGUCGGAUCGUUUCGGGAGAGAAAACGAUCCAAAUCAGAAAUUGAAUUCGACGGGAGGAGAUAACGACAGUGUACCUUUAAACAUAUUUGCUUCCAUGUACCACUUAUUAAUGAUAGAAGCUGUGCUUUAACGCUUCUAGUGGAAGGUAGAUUAUAAUUGGUAUACCUUAACCAUGGACAAAACAAAUGCAUUCAAGUAAACAUUACUUGAUAUCGUGAAAAACGGACCAAAUUAAAGGAUAAUCAUGAAAGAAAAUAUCUUCCCCUUUCCCCUCUUCAGUUAACCUUUCUAUAACUCAUUAAACCACACCGGCCCUGUACUAAUUGUGAUUCUUAUACUAACAAACCGUUUGCGGAGUAUUGCGAUCACAUUUUUCCAUACCUGAAUUCAUUUGUAUUGGUUGGAUACAUUGGUUCGGAUUUUUAUAACAAUAUCAUUUUAACCAUGGUGGAGAGGCUUUUUUUCUGUUUGGCUCACGUUCCUAUAAUGACGUCAUAUAUUUCAUAUUUAGGACCUACUAGUUUCAUUAGGCGUACUAUCUCGCUGCUUUACCACUUGUUUUAUUUUUCAUUACUGGACAUUUACAUCAUUCUUGUAAGUGCUUCUAUAUUCAAGCCGAAUCAUUAGAUACUACUCAAUGUUAGCUCAUAAUAGCGCCCUCUCUCGUUUAUGUUUUUAUAAUAAUGGUUCUGUCAUGGCUACUUUAAUAAAAUGUCUUUAUUGCCUGUCAUGUUAAUAAGUAAUUUCGGCUGGGUUCCACAUUAGCAUGGGAAAUGUAGUAUUGCUGAGUUUCUAAAUGUUUAAGCCGUAAAAUGAUCCUUGUUAAGGUUAAUAAAGCAGUUUUAUCAUGCAGUAAAGUCGUUUAAUUACUAAACUGGACACGGGAAGCAAAACGUCUUCUGACCAUAAUCCAAUAAUUCAAAAUGCGAUUUGAUUUGAUAUGAACUGUUUUGUUAAUGAGCUUGUUGACGUUCAUGAUGAUGAAUGAAAUGUAGAUAUUUCUUUUUGGUUGACGUUUUUUUUGAAACCUAAAGAAGUAAAUUAUCCAUUCCUUUGUCCUUUUAGAGCUGAUACAUCCACCUUUUUUUAUUUUGCUUUUUAUGUCUUUCCUUCGUUCUCGUUUCUUUAUUGUAUAUUAUUACAAAGCGAACAUUAUCAUUGAUCGAACAAAAGGGCCAACACGAGUAAUAUUGUUGAUUUUUUUUCCUUAUUCAUGAUUAUUACAUGUACAAUUUAAUUUAUUCCACCUGUGUCUAAUGAAAGUCGUUUUGAUAAAGACGUGGUUUUUAUAAAAAGGUGACUUUUAAAGCUUUAAAACAAUCCAAAUGUUUCAAUCGUAGAUAUACAUGUACUCGUGUUUCAUUCAAAUUUUGUUGCAAUUGAUAGUUUUUAAAGAAGUAACAGCAUGAAUUGAGUAAUUACACAAAACAAACAUUAUGAGCGAGCAAAACCUACACCUGAUCAUGGAAUGAAAAAUUAUCGGGAGAAUGCGGGAGAACAAAGUAAUUUACCCAUUUGCGUAAAUCCAUGACGUCAUGCUAUUCAAGUGGGGGGGGGG